AUUUUGUGUUUUAGUGUCCAUUUUCUCUGAUAAACAAGGGAAUUAGCUCCUUAUUUGUACUGUACACGUAUCACUGCCCGACAGGUUGUUAUUUACACUGACCUAGUUUAUGGAAACGAACCCACAUUUCAUGAGUACUUAACCAUAUGAGACACUUGAACUGCAGUGGCUCAUAGACGAGUAGAUAGGACACAUGUGUUAGAGUAACAUGUCGUCAAGUACCUGCUCGACAGAGACCAUUCACACAGGAGGCUGUCACUGCGGCGCCAUCAGGUUCCAAGUUCUGGCGCCAAAACAUCUUCAUGUGUAUAACUGCAACUGUUCAAUCUGUUACAAGAAACAAAAUAAACACUUCAUAGUACCCAAGUCAAAGUUUACUCUCCUGAAGGGCGAGGACAGUCUGACCACAUACACCUUUAACACGGGACAGGCCAAACACACCUUUUGUAAAACUUGUGGGGUUCAAAGCUUUUACACGCCAAGAUCUAAUCCUGAUGGUUAUGGUGUAGCUCCACACUGUCUGGAUCCUGGAACAGUAGAACACGUUACAGAGGAAAACUUCGAUGGACAAAAUUGGGAGCAGCAUAUCCAGACCUCUGAUAUCAGGUCAAGGUCAAAAGAGUGACGCUUCAAAGGGAGUGUCGAGCAACACAACAAGAACUCUGAUAUCAGGUCAAGGUCAAAAGAGUGACGCAUCACCGAGAGUAAUUAAAUCAUGAAAGAAUGUGUUCAGAAAUAUUUCUGAACCGGGUGAUGUUGAGAAAAAAAAUCACGGUAUUUAUAUAUUUAUGUUUCUGUAAGAUCUAAUGCUUCAAUUUCUCUUUUGGAGAAAAAAUGGCAAAAAAUUCAGAUAUUUUUAUACUUUCAGCGGUAUCUGCAUGUACAUCAGCUAAGAGAGUUGAUAAAUAAUAAAAUGCAUUUUCUUUUAGACUUUAUUAUCAUAAACUGUUUCAGAUGUCUUACUAUUUAAUGCGUUUGUGUAUUACAGUGUUUCAUUAUGUUUUAUUAAUAUAAACUAUGACAUUUUU